GCGAGCCCGCCCCGCUUUAAGCGCCGCCUCGGCGGGGCGGCCGCGCUGCCGCUGACGGAAGUGAAGAUGGCGGCGGCGGCGUCGGACCUGCUGACGGGAUGGUGCCUCUUCGGCCUGGCGCUGCUGGCGAUUUUAAUUUUCUGCUGGGUUUAUGUGCGCAAGUAUCAGAGUCGGCGGGAAAGCGAAGUGAUUUCUACCAUAACAGCAAUUUUUGCCUUGGCCGUUGCUCUUAUCACAUCAGCACUCCUGCCAGUGGACAUAUUUUUGGUCUCAUACAUGAAAAACCAAAAUGGUACAUUUAAGGUCUGGGCUGAUGCUAAUGUUUCAAGGCAAAUUGAAGACACUGUACUUUAUGGAUAUUACACUCUGUACUCGAUCAUUCUGUUCUGUGUCUUUCUGUGGAUUCCCUUUGUCUAUUUCUACUAUGAGGAGAAGGAAGAAGAUGAUGGCAACACAUGCUCACAGGUUAAAACUGCACUCAAAUACACUCUGGGAUUCAUCACAGUUUGUGCAGUUCUUCUGUUAAUUGGUGCCUUUGUUCCUUUGGAUAUUCCCAACAAGAAGAAUUCCACAGAGUGGGAGAAAGUGAAGCUCCUGUUUGAAGAAUUUGGAAGUAGUCAUGGCUUGACUGCACUUUCAUUUUCCAUUAGCUCCUUGACUGUGAUUGGAAUGUUGGCAGCUAUCACUUACACAGCUUAUGGUAUGUCAGCUUUGCCUCUGAACUUGAUUAAAGGAACUACCAGUGCAUCUUAUGAACGUUUGGAGAACACUGAAGAUAUUGAAGAAGUGGAACAACAUUUAUUGAGGAUUAAAUCAAAGUGCAGAGAUGGUCGUCCUCUGUCGUCGAGGGAUAGACGGACACUGCAGCAACUGGAAGAGAGAUUAAGGAUACUUCGAAGGAGAGAGAGGCAUCUGGAAUCUAUUGAGAAAAGCUGGUGGACAAAAGCUUGUGAAGCUAUUCGACCUCUAAAGAUUGUGUGGGGAGUGUUCUUCAUCAUUGUGGCCUUGCUCUUCACUGUCUCCCUGUUCUUGUCAAAUUUGGACAAGGCUCUGCAUUCAGCUGGCUUCGACUCCGGAUUUAUAAUUCUGGGAACCAAUCUGACCAAUCCAUUGAAUAUGCUGUUACCAGUUCUUCAAAGGGUUUUUCCACUUGAUUAUAUUCUUAUCACAACCAUUGUUAUGUACUUUAUCUUCACUUCAAUGGCAGGGAUUCGAAAUAUGGGAAUAUGGUUCUUCUGGACAAGGCUUUAUAAAAUCAGACGAGGAAAAACUCGACCUCAAGCACUCUUAUUUCUCUGUAUGAUACUUCUGUUGAUAGUUCUUCAUACAAGUUACAUGAUUUACAGUCUUGCCCCACAGUAUGUAAUGUAUGGAAGUCAGAAAUAUCUGGUACAGAGUAAUAAGACAAUUGAUGGUCAGCCAAGGAAUGUGACACUUGUUUCUAAAGACUGUGAUGCAGAUGCACCUGAAGAUCAGUGUAUUGUCACUCGGACGUACCUCUUUCUUCAUAAAUUUUGGUUCUUCAGUGCAGCCUAUUACUUUGGGAAUUGGGCAUUCAUUGCAGUCUUUUUAAUUGGAUUAAUUGUUUCAUGCUGCAAAGGCAAGAAAUCAGUCAUUGAAGGUGAAGUAGAUGAUGAUGAUUCAGAUAUGAGUGAUGAUGAACUGUCUGUUUAUUACCACUGACAGCCUUUUGCCUUCAAGAUGAAAAAAUGUAAAAUUACAUUGAGAGUCAUGCCCAUGUGGAACUUGUGUCCAGAUAAGCAUCUUUGCACCUGUAAAAAUAAAUGAAAUAAGUGUACUCACUUAAAGGGAUAAAAAACCUGAAUAUCACUUUGAGUAUCACUGUUAAAUGAGAACAAAUGUUGAAACUGACUUUGAGUAAUAUAUAGAAAAUAUUGUUUUAUGAUUAAACAUAUGUGUAACCUUCUGAUGUAUAAUUUGAUGAACUCUUGUAACUAUUUCAUAAUUCACAAUGCUUUUCUGUUCACUUAGGUUUUCUUAAAUACUUUCAUGCUUAACUUGUAGGACUUUUUUAUUCAUAAAUACAACUAAAAUCCUGCAAAACAGUGCAAAUAGUGCAGGAAAGAUUUGGAUGAAGUUUACAAUUUCAGAAGGACUUGACUUAACUUCUGCAUUAGUUUUGCUGUAACUUCUGUAUAAAACUAGAGCUAACAAGAGACUUUCCAUUACAGUAUGCCAAAAAUAUUGUUUAAAUGGUGAGUUUCCAAUCUGUGAAAAAUAAGUAAUUUUCAUACUUUGAUUUCCACUGAGUUACCAUGGAAAUCUGCUGGUAACUCUGAGGUGGCUUUUGCUCUCUCAAAGGAAAUCAUAGUGUAAAAUACAAUAUUCAGCACUGAUGCAUUGUUUUAGUAUUGUUAAGUUCUGAAACUUCCAGGUGCCUGAUCUAGUCAUAACCAAUGGAAUAAUUAAGAUGUGAUUAAUUUUUAACUUAUUUUUCUCUUUAAUGCAAAUUGUCUAGUUUGAAGUUCUUUCAAUAUUUAAAGUAAAUGUUGUCAAUUUGUUUACAAACCAAUAUGUUUAUAUAAACACAGUUCAGAAAUA